CACAUACACACAGACACACUCAUGGAGCCUAUACCUGCCUCUACUUGUCUGCUCUGGGCAGAUGGCUUCUGGCUUUUGGGUCGCCUCAUCCUGCAGCUCAGUACGGUUAGACCCUUUCUUCCGUGGAGACUGGCAAGCUGUGGGGUGAGGGAUUCUGCAAGGUCGCCUGUCUUCAGAGUAUGAAGGACACUGCCCGGAGAGGGAGGAGGGUUAUAUUUAGUGUUUGGGCCCAGUCAGUGUUGGGCUCCCCACUGCCUCUCCUCUGCGGAACUGUCAGUGGCCCCUGGUUGCAAGUUCCCCGUGGCUUUGAAGCCCGCAAAACAAAAACUGAGAGAGUGUCCAAAAAAAAAAGAAGAAAACGCUGUUGGUCCCUGGAUGCCACUAUUGGAUUUUGGUGGGGAUGAGAAGAGAGGACCACUGGGCGUGAUCAAGCAAAGGCACCUGCACGGUAAGUGGACACUAGGAAGCUACUCUACCCUCUCGUACGGGAAUGAUGCUGCAGGGAGAGGGCUGCUCUCAGCAGCUGGAGAGUUACUGGGUGCCCUAGACCCUACCCCAGACCUUUCAAUGAUUCCACAGCCCUUAAAGAAUGCGUUCCAGAAGCAGUGACACGGAGGGCUCAGCCCAAAAGCAAUUUCCAAGACAUAGUGAAGACUACAGUUUCCAAGGUCCUGAGGACAUGAAGCAGAGACAGCAAGACAAAGACCCCACCAGUGAGUCGGAUGCAAUCCUUCCAUAUCCUAAGUCACACAGUGGUAAUGGCCACCAAGGAGAAGACCUCUCAAGAGACGACCUAUUAUUUCUUCUCAGCAUUCUGGAGGGAGAACUGCAGGCUCGAGAUGAAGUCAUAGGCAUUUUAAAGGCUGACAAAAUGGACUUGGCUUUGCUGGAAGCUCAGUAUGGGUUUGUCACUCCAAAAAAGGUGCUAGAAGCUCUCCAGCGAGAUGCUUUUCAAGCAAAAUCUGCCCCUUGGCAGGAGGACAUCUAUGAGAAACCAAUGAAUGAGUUGGACAAAGUUGUGGAAAAACAUAAAGAAUCUCACAGACGAAUCCUGGAACAGCUUUUAAUGGUAGAAAAAUCUCACAGGCAAACCAUAUUAGAGUUGGAGGAAGAAAAGAGAAAACAUAAAGAAUACAUGGAGAAGAGUGAUGAAUUCAUAAGCUUGCUAGAACAGGAAUGUGAAAGAUUAAAAAGGUUAAUUGACCAAGAAACGGAGUCCCAGAAGAAGAAGGAGCAAGAAAAAGAGAAGAGGGUCACUGCCCUGAAAGAGGAGCUGACCAAACUGAAGUCUUUUGCUUUGAUGGUGGUGGACGAACAACAAAGGCUGACGGCACAGCUUGCCCUUCAAAGACAGAAAAUCCAAGACCUAACCACGAGUGCAAAGGAAACACAUGCUAAACUAGCCCUUGCUGAAGCCAGAGUUCAGGAAGAAGAGCAGAAGGCAACCAGACUAGAGAACGAUCUGCAAACGCAGACCACAAAGUUUCACCAGAACCAAGAAACAAUUAUGGCGAAGCUCACCAAUGAGGACAGCCAAAAUCGCCAGCUUCGACAAAAGCUGGCAGCACUCAGCCGGCAAAUUGAUGAGUUAGAAGAGACAAACAGGUCUUUACGAAAAGCAGAAGAGGAGCUGCAAGAUAUAAAAGAAAAAAUUAACAAGGGAGAAUAUGGAAACUCCAGCAUCAUGGCUGAAGUUGAAGAGCUCAGGAAACGUGUGCUAGAAAUGGAAGGGAAGGAUGAAGAGCUCAUAAAAAUGGAGGAGCAGUGCAGAGAUCUCAAUAAGAGGCUGGAAAAGGAAACAUCACUGAGUAAAGACUUUAAACUCGAGGUUGAAAAACUCAGUAAAAGAAUUAUGGCUCUGGAAAAAUUAGAAGAUGCUUUCAACAAAAGCAAACAAGAAUGUUACUCUCUGAAAUGUAAUUUAGAAAAAGAAAGGAUGACCACAAAGCAGUUAUCUCAGGAACUGGAGAGUUUAAAGAUAAGGAUCAAAGAGCUAGAAGCCACUGAAAGUCGGCUGGAGAAGACAGAAUUCACCCUAAAAGAGGAUUUAACUAAACUGAAAACAUUAACUGUGAUGCUGGUAGAUGAACGGAAAACAAUGAGUGAAAAAUUAAAGCAAACUGAAGAUAAGUUACAAGCUGCUGCUUCUCAGCUUCAAAUGGAGCAAAAUAAAGUGACAACGGUUACUGAGAAGUUAAUUGAAGAAACUAAAAGGGCACUGAAGUCCAAAACUGAUGUGGAAGAAAAAAUGUACAGUGUAACAAAAGAGAGAGAUGAUCUAAAAAACAAACUGAAAGCAGAAGAAGAGAAAGGAAAUGAUCUCCUGUCCAAAGUUAACAUGUUGAAAAACAGGCUUCAAUCAUUGGAAGCAAUUGAGAAAGAUUUCCUAAAAAACAAAUUAAAUCAAGAUUCUGGUAAGUCCACAACAGCAUUACACCAAGAGAACAAUAGGAUUAAAGAGCUCUCUCAAGAAGUGGAAAGACUGAAACUGAAGUUAAAGGAUAUGAAAGCCAUUGAGGAUGACCUCAUGAAAACUGAAGAUGAGUAUGAGACUCUAGAACAAAGGUAUGCUAAUGAACGAGACAAAGCUCAAUUUUUAUCUGAAGAGCUGGAACAUGUUAAAAUGGAACUUGCCAAAUACAAGUUAGCAGAAAAGACAGAGUCCAGCCAUGAACAAUGGCUUUUCAAAAGGCUUCAGGAAGAAGAAGCUAAAUCAGGUCACCUCUCAAGAGAAGUGGAUGCGCUGAAAGAGAAAAUUCAUGAAUACAUGGCAACUGAAGACCUGAUAUGUCACCUCCAGGGAGAUCAUUCAGUUCUGCAAAAGAAACUCAGUCAACAAGAAAACAGGAACAGAGAUUUAGGAAGAGAGAUUGAAAAUCUCACUAAAGAGUUAGAGCGGUACCGUCAUUUCAGUAAGAGCCUCCGGCCCAGUCUCAAUGGAAGAAGAAUCUCUGACCCUCAAGUAUUUUCCAAAGAAGUUCAAACAGAAGCAGUGGACAAUGAGCCACCUGAUUACAAGAGUCUCAUUCCUCUGGAACGAGCAGUCAUCAACGGUCAGUUAUAUGAGGAGAGUGAGGACCAGAAUGAGGACCCUCAUGAUGAGGAGUCCGUGCUGUCCUUCAAAUGCAACUCAUCUACUCCCUGUCCUGUUAACAGGAAGCUAUGGAUUCCUUGGAUGAAGUCCAAGGAGGGCCAUCCUCAGAAUGGAAAAAUACAAACUAAACCCAGUGGCAACUUCGUGCAACCUGGAGAUCUAGUCCUAAGCCACACACCUGGGCAGCCACUUCAUAUAAAGGUUACUCCAGACCAUGUCCAAAACACAGCCACUCUUGAAAUCACAAGUCCGACCACAGAGAGUCCUCACUCUUACACAAGCACUGCAGUGAUACCAAACUGUGGCACCCCAAAGCAAAGGAUAACCAUCCUCCAAAAUGCUUCCAUAACUCCAGUGAAAUCAAAAACCUCUGCUGAAGGCCUUAUGAAUUUCGAGCAAGGCAUGUCCCCAAUUACCAUGGCAACCUUUGCCAGGGCACAGACCCCAGAGUCUUGUGGUUCCAUAACUCCAGAAAGGACAAUGUCACCUAUUCAGGUUUUGGCUGUUACUGGUUCAGCUAGCUCCCCUGAGCAGGGACGCUCUCCAGAGCCGAUAGAAAUCAGUGCCAAGCACACGAUUUUCAGAGUCUCCCCUGAUCGGCAGUCAUCAUGGCAGUUUCAGCGUUCAAACAGUAACAGUUCAAGUGUGAUAACUACUGAGGAUAAUAAAAUCCACAUUCACUUAGGAAGUCCUUACAUGCAAGCUGUAGCUAGCCCCGUGAGACCUGCCAGCCCUUCAGCAUCACUGCAGGAUAACCGAACUCAAAGCUUAACUAAUGGGGCACUAAACAAAACAACCAAUAAAGUCACCAGCAGUAUUACUAUCACACCAACAGCCACACCUCUUCCUCGACAAUCACAAAUUACACACAUGGACACAACUGAUCAAUCCACUGAUCAUGACAAACUGAAUUGGGCGGCUAUUAAGGAGACAAAAGGUUCACUGUCCUUCAAGAGCUUCUGUCUGAUCAAGGAGGUAUGCAAGCAGAGAAUCCCAACACGGAUCCCUAAACCAAAAUCUACAGGCAUUGCUAAGCUUUCCCCUAAAGCUCUCCCAGGGCCUAUGGAUAAGACUGGCUGUGGGAAGCUACACAUCAUAAGGACUGUCACCUCUAAUACUUUCCUCCACAUGGGAGGGAAAAGGUAAGUCAUGCAAAUGUACUGCCUGGAUACAUUCACCUACAGAAAUAUCUGGAAAGCUGGAGUUACUAGUAUGGAAGGACAAAGAUGAAGGGCCAUCUCUCCAGGAAAUGGUGAAACAGCAAACAGACAGAUGGUUCAUUCACAGGUUGCUGGACCUGGUGAAUAUCAUCCUGAAAGAGCAGGACAUAUGCAAUUACUUUAACUAUAUAUGUAUAUGCAUAUACACACAAUCACAGGCCCAGACACACACCCCAAAUCCUCCCAACUCCUCAUCCUACUUGUAAUCCAACCCAAAGUUGGACUAUCAUUAGCCUGGAAUAGGACUGAAUUCAUUAGAACAGAUCAAAAGUUUUCUGGUGAACCCAGAAGCAAUUCAUUCCACAGAACUUUGCCAAGAAGAUGUGGUAUCAAGGAUUCCUAAUCUGCUUCAAGAAAGUCAGAUUAUUUCCAUCAAAAUGGCACGACAACUAAAAUCAUACUUUAAGUUCUAAAAAUAUGACUUCUUUAUGACCAGGAGGAAAAAAACAAGUGGUACUUCUUAGUUACAAGGAAGAAAGGAACAACAAAAAUGAGUAACAGCCGAACACGUCCUUUGUGUGGCCUACCUGAUAACUGCUGGUGUAGUGUGCACACUUGGCUACUGGCACUUAGUCUUCUGUCCCACUUUCCCUAGUAAGUUGCCCCUCCUGUAUAUAUAGGCCAUGGAAUCUCAUUGCUAGGCUUGUAAAGCAAACCAUUUUAGAUUGGUAUCGUUGCUUUGUAUAGUAAUCAGGACAUCUGAGAGUCAAAGGUCACUAAUACUAAGAUCUUUUAGGGAGAUAUGAAUCACUGUCUUGGAUGUUUAAAAAAAAAGACAAUUUAUCAUCUCAAAGGACAUUCUUUAAUCACAUCUGAAUCAACACUUGAAAACUCAGUUGGUUCAAAAAAAAAGCUUGGGAUCAGGAGACUCAAAUUCCAAUUCCAGUUUUUCACUCAUUUGACACUGAGCUUGGCAUUCAUUAGUCUAAGCCUUGAGUUUCUAGUAUGUAAAACAGAAAAGCUGAAUAAUUCUUCAGGUCCCUUCCAGUUCUCGUCAUCCGUGAGUAUGUCAACUACGAAAACUGAAUUCAACCAGUCAUCUACAAGGCGGGGCUCAGUUCCCUGGCAGUAAACUACAGUGGUUCUUUUCUUCACACUAAAAACUCACUGAAUCAAGGGAAACAUGUGUCUGUAAUUUAGUGUGGAUAGAGUAACACAAUGAUAUUUUAAGACAAAUAAGGCAUUUCUGACAUGGGAGACAGUUAUAUCUCACAAAGCUUCAGUCAGAAAAAAUAAAUACAUUCUACGGAGAGCAUACCCAAGGUUUUCUGUGAUUUGGCACUAAGAACUGGAUGCAUGAUCCUGGAAGAAAUCCUGCUGGUUAAGGACAGUGCUUUAGCUGGCUGUCCUGGGAUGGAGUCAGCAGAGCAGGAGCAAAGGAACUGCCAUUCUUCACAUUCAUCCAGCCAGUCCCAACUCAAUGCACUGAUGUCACUAUACAAAUGUCCCUGGGACCCACUUCAAUUUCAAGGAGGAGGACAAGGCGCUGGAAGCCUGGGUAGCAUUGAGCUGUACCAGCCAAAGAGAGGGAUGAUGUGCAGCAGUCAGCAGGCAAGCGGCAUAGGGAGAAGGUGAGGAGGUUGGGUGAAUUAAAAACCCGAAGUGGAAGAGUCUAAGUUAAAUGAAAGCAGUAAGAGAAUAAUGGAAGGAGUGGACUACAAAAAAAGAUGAUGACCCUCUGACAUGAAAAUAAUACAAGAGAGACAGUUCAGAAGUAAGUGCAGGGCAGUAACAGGUGGAUGGUGCAGUGGGAAAAUGUGUAGGGGGCUUAGGGCUGUGCCUGACAUUAGCAGGUAAUAUUCAGCGAACUGAGAAUGAGUGAAUGAGGGAGAGAAGGGCCAUUCAGUCAGGACAUAAGUGAGAAAAGGUGCUAAGAGAUCGCACUGGUAUAUGAUAGGGUCAGGAAAAGCAGAUAUGCUGGGUACCAUUCAACACUGAUAAUUAUGCUAAUGCAAAGAAAAAACACUGAACCUCCUAGGGUGGAACCCAAAUAGACUGAAGAAAACCAUGAAACAAAACAGGAAAAACAAGCACCAACAGUACUCCUAGAAAAACUCAAUACCCUGGGAAUGUUUUACCUUGAAGAUGAACACAAAAUAUAUUUUACGUUAGAGAUUUCAAACUUGUUUUCUGCUAUGUUAAGAGACUCCCUAAAGUACAUUUUCAUGCCAAGCUGGCAUAAGUUCAAGAGCAAGCAAGAUAAGAAAGACAAGAUAUUGUACAAAUAACUAAAAAAAGGAUAGGAAAAUAGCUACACUUCUAUGGCAAGCAGCAGAAACCUAUCUUUAAAUGGUAAUACAGUUCUAAUCCCAUUAAGACAAAAGUCUUUAAAAUAACACAAUCUAUCCUAACAAAAACUAUGCUUAUUUUAAAGCAAUAUGUAGUGCAAUAAAAAUGCAUAAACAACUUAGACCUGGGAUAAGUUCAACAAAAUGGUGUUUGACCUAUAACACAACCAAAAUAUAAAGAAUUCUGCCUCCUGAGCAUAAUCCUGUUUCUGCAGAACUGUGAUUCCUCCAAAGAUAAAAAUAAAAGAAGCUAUCCUAAUAAUUCUAUAGUGAUUUUAUUAAGUUAAAUUUUUAAAAGGAAGCAGAUAAAAAUCCAAGUGAACAAAAACACGUUCAAAUUGUAACAAAAAUUUUAAUUUUUGUAUGAUUUUGUAUGCUGGAGUUUUCCCUCAGCUGUUCAUUUAUUUAGCUUCAAUGAUUUCGGAACUAAUCUCCUUGCAACUUUUUAGAAUAAAGUAUCUGAUUGUAACAGGAAAGUGACUGAUCUCACACAUAACUGAUAAUUCUGGACUGAGUAAUGGAGUAACUGACGUAAUGGAGUAAUUCUCUCUGGGACGCAUUUCAAAUUCCUGCUUUUGAGGACAUGUGACGUAACACUUGGGGUCUGACACUGAGUCUGGGGCAGGGGUCUAUAAAUGUAAAGACCCCACAGGCCAAAUUCAGCCCACUGUCUUUUUGUAUGUCCUGCAAGUUAAGAAUAGUUUUUACUUUUAAAUAGAAAAAAAAAAUCAAAAGAAGAAUAUUUUGUGAGAUGUGAAAAUUACAUGAAAUUCAAAUUUCAUUGUCUAUAGAUAAAGUUCUAUUGGAACACAGCCACAUUCGUUUACAUAUUUAUUAUCUGAUCAUUUUUUAUGCUACAAUAGCAGAGUUGAGCAGCUGUGACACUGGCCAACAAAGCUUAAAAUAUUUACUACCUGGCCUUUUACAAAAAAAGUUUCCUGACCUCUGGUCUAGUGUAAACUAGACUAACAAGGAACUCAAGAGCUUAAGAAGAGCUGAAUCAACUAAUUUUUAAAAGCAAUGCUAGCAAUUUAAGAAUGCAAUUAAGAAUUCUAUGAAAGCUGAUGAAAAUGGGAAAACUAUAUUUCAAGCUGUUUGUGAUAUAUUUAGUAAAAUGUAUACUUCUAUGAAUGCCCUAAAGUGUUCAACUAAAGAACAUCAGAUGAGAAAGGAUUUGUGCCACAAAAUAAUGUAAUGUGUUAAUGUUGAAUCUGAGGGGGAAAUGGAACUAUUUCUAGGCCUUCCAAAUUCCCGGUAUUUUCUAAGACAGCAGAGCUACUGUACAUGUUAUUUAGAGAAAGAUGUGUAAAUUUGUACCUUUAAACGUUCAUAAUUGUUGUCAAGAACCACUUGUUUAAUCAUUUGCAAGAAUUAUAGAAAUUGUAUACAGUAAAGUAAAACUUGGUCUUUGUUACACAGUCUUCAAGUACAGAACAAAAAUGUUGCACCUAUCCCUCUCCUCUUUCCUUCCUCUCACCUUUUAAAAUUUAUCCUACCCCUGUUUUUUGCCCUUAAGCAUCUGUCUUAAAAGAAUAUCACUUGCAUUUUGAUUGAACCACAUCAAUGUAUAAAUCCCAUAAACAGAUUAUGUUUUUCCCUCUAACUCCAUUACAGUGUCUAAAAGAGAGCCAAGCAUGAGAGUUCAA